GCACAGGCCUCGGUUGGAGAUACGCACAACAACACCCAGCAGCAACCAGACUAGAGUAUCAGCUCAACGACCUUCUCUAGCCGGUUCUACUUAGCUUCUACUUCUAGUUCGCCACUGAGUCAAUAGACUAUGUCCCGGCCGAGUCCGCCAAAACCUUACGAACAAGCAGGCGCUGCCAACGCGUCAGCAUCGACAGCCCUCGCUGCCCCUGCAGUCCCCUCACAGCUACCAGGCGCAGCAUCGACUUCAGCUCAUGCCGCAUCGACUGCAGAUCAAAGUUGUGGCGCCGCGCCGGCACUACCUGGACGACCGGUCGUUGGUGCUGCGAAUGCGGCAGCAGGGAUGGGCAUGCCUGGUACGACUGGCUAUGGCGCGACGGCAGGCGGAUAUGGGAGUGGUUAUGGCAGUGGGUAUGGGACCGGUGGGUAUGGUGGAUAUGGCUCAUCGAUGGGUGGGUAUGGCUCAUCGAUGGGUGGGUACGGUUCUAGCAUGGGCGGGUACGGUUCUUCCAUGUAUGGCGGCGGUAUGGGUUCUUAUGGUGGUAUGGGCUCGUAUGGUGGAUAUGGCGGCGGCAUGGGUUCCUAUGGCGGUUAUGGCGGUGGAUAUGGAUCCAUGGGUGGCCCCUACGGUGGCCAAAUGGACCCCAAUGACCCAAACUUCUCUCAACGCAUGGCAGGCUCAACGCAGGCAACCUUCCAAUUCAUUCAAAGUAUCGUUGGUGCGUUUGGUGGUUUUGCACAGAUGCUGGAAAGUACCUUUAUGGCGACGCAUUCAUCCUUCUUCGCCAUGGUCAGUGUCGCCGAACAAUUCGGCCAUCUUCGCAAUUCCAUCGGCUCAGUUCUUGGUAUUUUUGCAUUGAUGCGGUGGUGUCGCUCGCUCCUCGCAAAACUCACCGGUCGACCGUUGCCGAACCCUGACUUGUCAGCUGAUGCAUUCGCUCAUUUCGCUGCUAAUGGUGGUGGUCCCGAUGGUCCUAAUGCGCCCAAGAUUUCAAGAAAACCAUUGCUUGUGUUUUUGAUGGCUGUUGUCGGCUUACCGUACCUCAUGUCACGACUCAUUCGGUCCAUGACGGCCAGAGAAGAAGAAGCACGACAACGACAAUUACAAGAAGAACACAACCUACAAACAGGUGCUGCGCUGGAUCCUGCGCAACUCGAAUUCUGCCGUGCGUUGUUUGACUUUGUGCCACAGGAUGCAGCGAUGGAGUUGCAGUUGCGCAAGGGCGAUCUGGUGGCAAUCUUGAGCAAAACAGAUCCGAUGGGCAAUCCGUCCGCUUGGUGGCGUGGUCGAUUGAGGGACGGCACAGUUGGGUAUAUCCCAAGCAACUACGUCGAAGUCAUUCGCAAAGGGACAGCGGCGCCGAUACAAGAAGGCCAAAAGCAAAUCGAAACGCAACUCUCACCGGAGGAAUUCACUCGCAACUUUGGUCAAUGAAGAGGUUUUCAGAGUACAUAGUAUUAGAUUAUUGUCGUACACAAACUCUACUGCAU